AUGGCCUCACACCACCCAGAGCUCAUUAUUCCCCUUAUAAUUGAUGGAAAAGAAGAUAUGGGCAGCGAGUUAUUUGACGUGGUGAGUCCAAAAACCGGAAAAGUAUGCUGGAGAACAGUAUCCUCGAGCUCUGAAGAUGCAACUCGCGCGGUCGAAGCAGCACAGAGAUCCUUCCGCUCCUGGUCGAAAACAAAGCCGCAACAGAAGCAAAGGAUUCUUUUCAAAGCCGCGGAUAUUUUGGAGAGUCGGAUCACAGAAUAUGGUGGUAUUAUGGAGACCGAAAUGGGAGGAGCUGUCGGUCCAGUACACUUCUGGGUGCUUCCAACUGCAGUGCGAUUCCUCAGAGAUAUCGCCAGUCAUAUACCAUUGAUAAAAGGAGGUAUACCCACCGUUGAAGACCAAGGAACCAGUGCUAUGAUUUGGAAAGAGCCCUAUGGAGUUAUCUUUGGAAUAUCGCCUUGGAACGCUCCAUUUGCACUAGGAAUGCGAGCAGCAGCCACCGCCAUUGCCACAGGAAAUACAACAGUGAUCAAAGGAUCGGAAUUAACACCUCGAUGUUACUGGGCACUAGGCCAAGUUUUCCAAGACGCAGGUCUGCCAGCAGGUGUCUUGAACAUCAUUUACUGCAGAACUUCCGACGGAGCAACAGUUACCAACACCAUAAUCAGACAUCCAGCAGUAAAGAAAAUUAACUUUACGGGAAGCACAAAUGUCGGCCGAAAGAUCGCUCGUACCUGCGGAGAGAACCUCAAGCCUUGUUUGAUGGAGCUCGGAGGUAAAAACAAUGCGAUAGUAUGCGCCGAUGCCGACCUGCAGAAAGCGGCCAAUGAGUGCAUAGUUGGAGCUGCAUUGCAUUCCGGGCAAAUAUGCAUGUCAACAGAUCGCAUCAUAAUACACGCGGACAUUGCCGAACAAUUUUUAGAGAUCCUAAAGGCUACUAUUAUCAAACUCGCAUCAUCAGUACCUGCUCCACCAUAUCUUGUUAACGCCGCUGCAAAAUCUCGGCUACAGGGGAUAGUCUCAAAAGCUCUAUCUGAAGGAGCUUCCAGUCUUGUUGGAGACAUUGAGCAGCUACAGUCAAGAGAAGGCGAUGGAGCUACUCCUGUCAUUUUUGCACCCAUGAUUAUUGGGAAUAUUCAGGAUGAGAUGGCGUUGUGGCAAGAUGAAAAUUUCGGGCCUGUUGCCGCAUACAGAAUUGCCAAAUCCGAUGAAGAAGCUAUAGCCAUUGCAAACAAUACUGAGUUUGGGCUAGCGGCAGCUGUAUUCACUCAAGACCUUCGCAAGGGUUUUGCUAUUGCAAAGCAGUUGGAGGCCGGAGCUGUUCAUAUCAACAGCAUGAGCGUUCGCGAUGAGUCUGCAUUACCAAUGGGUGGGAUUAAGAAUAGUGGCUGGGGUAGGUUCAACACCAUGCUCGGGAUAGAGGAGUUCUUGGUCGCAAAAUCAGUGACAUGGGAUGAUUGA